AUCAUCUCCCCAUUGAAUCAAGCAACCGAAACCAAGCAAAGGAAUCACAUCUAAGCUAACUAUAACUCAUUUAUCCCUGUGAACAAAUUCGUUCGUUUCCUCACCUAACGUUACGUUAGAUAACUACAAGUAGUACUCAAUAAAUGUUGGAAUUGGUUGAUACUUCAUUUCAUUUUGGACCACUGAUUGAACUGUCGAGGCCCCAGUCCCCAGUGAUAAAAUGUUAAUUUUGUCAACCAUAUGAUUCUAAAUUUCAACAUGUGCUGAUUCUCCAAAUCUUCAUAUCACUAAUUCGGGAAUCUGAGCCGAUAACUGACACGUGUCCUGAUACUUAAUCACAACUGUCUAUACUACACGAGAAUCACGAUCCCCUCGUGCUAAUUCAGACAUGAUAAAUGCUUCUACUUCUUCUUCAAAUUAUUAUCAGUUAGACUUGCUCUGCUUGUGUGUGCAUCUUGUAGACAGAAAGAUUUCCAAUACCGCGAAAAACUGAUCAAAUGGGGGCAGAAAACAAUGCUGAAUAUUCGAGUUUACAAGGAGGAACUAAGAACUUCACUAAGGUUUCAUUUGUUCCUCUUACAUUCCUUAUAUUCUACGGUGUCUCUGGUGGACCUUUUGGUGUUGAAGACACUGUCCGUGCGGCCGGUCCGUUUUUAGCACUUCUUGGAUUUUUGAUCUUUCCUUUUAUAUGGAGCAUUCCGGAGUCCUUAAUCACUGCAGAAUUAUGCACUAUGUUCCCCGAAAACGGAGGAUAUGUUGUUUGGGUAUCCACAACUUUAGGCCCUUAUUGGGGAUUUCAAUUAGGAUGGGUGAAAUGGAUGAGUGGUGUUGUUGAUAACGCGUUAUACCCGGUUUUGUUUUUAGAUUACAUUAAAUCUGCUGUCCCAACAUUAGCCAAUGGUCUUCCAAGAACAAUCGCGAUUCUUGUUUUAAUUGUAGCACUUACUUAUUUGAACUAUAGAGGUUUAACUAUUGUUGGUUGGGUUGCUACAGUGUUGGCGAUUUUUAGUCUUCUUCCUUUUGGAAUUAUGGGACUUAUCGCGCUUCCUAAGUUAGAGCCUUCGAGAUGGUUUGUUGUAGAUUUGAAAAAUGUACAAUGGGGAUUGUAUCUAAAUACACUUUUCUGGAAUUUGAACUACUGGGAUGCAGUGAGUUGUAUGUCAGGGGAAGUAGAAAACCCUGGGAAAACACUUCCUAAGGCUAUAUUCUAUGCAGUUCCCUUAGUUGUCUCUGGUUAUUUUUUCCCUCUUUUAUUUGGCACUGGAGCUGUUCCGCUGCAUCGUGAACUUUGGAGUGAUGGUUAUUUCUCGGAUAUUGCUAAAAUCAUUGGAGGAGUAUGGUUAAGAUUGUGGGUUCAAGGGGCUUCCGCUGUGUCAAAUAUGGGAAUGUUUUUGGCUGAGAUGAGUGGUGACUCUUUUCAGCUUUUGGGUAUGGCAGAACGCGGGAUGCUUCCUGAUUUUUUUGCUAAGAGAUCGCGUUAUGGAACUCCUCUUAUUGGAAUCUUGUUUUCUGCAUCAGGUGUUAUACUUCUGUCCUGGCUUAGUUUCCAAGAGAUUGUGGCUGCAGAGAACUUUCUGUAUUGCUGUGGAAUGAUUGUGGAAUUUAUAGCUUUUGUGAAGUUAAGGAUAAAAUAUCCAGCAGCAUCAAGACCUUAUAAGAUUCCACUAGGCACAGUUGGUUCAAUUAUAAUGUGUGUGCCACCAACAUUUUUUAUUCUUGUGGUUAUGGCCUUAUGUUCAUUUAAGGUCAUGAUUGUCAGUUUCUUGGCUAUUCUUGUUGGGAUUAUUUUGCAGCCUUGUUUGGUUUAUUGUGACAAAAAAAGAUGGUUAAGUUUCUCUGUUAGCUCUGAUCUUGUUGAUCUGCAGUCCAGUUAUCAUCAAGUUGGUGAGGCCUAAAGUGAUGAUGGGACUUCUAUUUUCUUGAUAUUAGAAGCAUUGAAUUUGUUGUAUUUUUUCAUUUUUGUUGGGAUUGGUAUUGCAUGUUGAGCCCAUGGCAAUUUUAAACAUAGGGUGAGUAAUUCACUCUGCCUUGGUUUGUA